UUCAUUACAUUAUAAAAUUGAAGUAAGAGAAGUGCAAAUUUAGAAAAGUUAGAUAAAUAAAUAGUAAUAACUGAGUUGAAAAGUUGAGUUACGUUUAACCGCAACAUUUUCUUUUCCUCAACUAUUGUACUAUCUUUAGCUGUCUUUCACCAUUUGUAGUUUAUGCAAGACUGAUCACUCUAUUACAGAUUAUCUUACUUUAUUUAUUAUCAAUUCCUUUUAUUUGUUAUCUUUAGAUGCAUUUUUGUUGAUCUUUGGCCAUUUAUAUUGACCUGUAUUCGUUGAUUUGCACAAUGGUUGAAGGAAUCAACGCCAAUAUCAGCAUCAUUAAGAAGAAGAAGAAAGAAGAGAACGAUGGCGGCUGGCUAUGAGAAGUUUGCGAGACCCGAGCCAUGGGCAUAUUUAAAAGAACGCGCCCAGACAAGACUACCGCUGGAUUCCAGGUACUUCGCAGCCUCCAGCGCCAGUGGCGAUUGCUCUGUCGACGACCCGAGACCCCGGUCUUGGCGCCAGUACUCCGUGUUCGUCUCGGCCGUGGCGCUGUCCACGCUGGCCCUGACGUUCGCGGUGCCUCAGUUGGUGCGUCGUCUGGCCAUGGGCUGUGCGUACCCCGACUGCCUGGACCCGGGCGCGGACAUCGCCCGCUCACUGAAGCAAGUCCACGUAGACCCGUGCCAGGACUUCUACGGCUAUGUGUGCGCUGGAUGGCUGCAGGAGAACCCGGACGCAGAAAACCACUUCGAGGCACGCAAUACAUAUCACGUUUUGUACUUGAGUUUUCUCUUUUUUUUCCAGAUUUUGUUUUGGCGCGAAGCAAUAUUUUCUUCUUCUCACCACUCUCGUGGUGCUGUCGGCUGCCUCAAGUGAUAAGUGACGGAGGGUCAAGGUUCGAGCUAACCUCAUCAGCCAUGUGAUGAUACUGG